UGGAGCUGCUGCCGGAGAUGCCUAACGGUGUGUUCUGAGGAGCGGCCAGCGGCGCGAUGGAGCGGGCCAGGGACAGUUUACACCUGAGACGGACCACAGAACAGCACGUACCAGAGGUAGAAGUCCAAGUCAAACGGAGAAGAACAGCUUCACUGAGCAACCAGGAGUGUCACCUGUAUCCAAGGCGAUCUCAGCAGCAGCAGCAAGUACCUGUGGUGGAUUUCCAGGCGGAACUGGGACAGGCAUUCUUAGCUGAGACACCAAGAGGUGGUUAAAGCAGUAUUGGAACACCCAGUGUGUUUGAAUCAGCUGACAAUGUAAUAAAGCUAUUAAUCUAUGAUUUUUCAAUG